AUGUCUGAUACAGCUGUAAAAUCGCCAAUCAACAAUCAUCAAUCUAUAACAAAGUUGGAUUCUAUUCCUGGGCGUAUUGUUAAGGAAAACUUGAUGAGGAAUAUAUCAUGUGAUUCCUACACCACCUUUCGAGCAUCACAGCAUGUCGCCGAUGUUAUAUUUGAUCUUUUUAGAGAUACAGAAACCGAUAAAUUGGCAGUAGCGACACUACUCAAGUUGCUAGCUCAAUGUGGUAUCCGACAAGACGAUCUAAGGCUUGAAGAUUUUUUAAAGGCUGUCGAGAAAGUUAGCGAAGAAAGAAGGCAAUCAGAAACGGGAUCUAAACUUUCACUAUCGUCGCCAACAAAUAUCGUAUACAAUGCUGAAUUGGAAAGGGAUGUAUUUAAGAAAUGUGUUGGUGAAAAAGCUGGUCUGAUUGCCAAAGCAUUGAAAAUGCAAUUAAUAAUACCGGACUGGCCAACGUUUACAUCAGCCAUCGGUCAAAUUUUCGAAAGCUGUCAUCAAUUUAUUGAUGGAAAGGUAGCAACGUAUAUACCGCAGCUAGCUCGAUCAAACCCUACGCAUUGGGCUUUAUCGAUAUGCACCGUCGAUGGACAGCGUCAUUCAUGGGGCGACGCAAAAAUACCUUUCUGUUUGCAAAGUGUCUCAAAACCUUUCACAUACGCUAUAGCACUUGAAGAGCUUGGCGCUGAAUAUGUGCACACAUACGUUGGCCAAGAACCAUCGGGCAGACUAUUCAACGAAAUUUGCCUCGAUCAUAAUCUUGCUUCAUUGUUGCAACAAUCGAGAUCAUUAGCAGAUCGAUUCGAUUUCGCCUUGCAACAAUUUAAAAAAUUUGCUGCUAGUGGUUAUGUUGGUUUUAAUAAUUCAGUUUUCCUAUCGGAACGUGCAACUGCUGAUCGUAAUUAUGCAUUAACUUAUUAUAUGCGUGAACAUAACUGUUUUCCACCGAAAUCAAGUACUGUUCAGGAAACAUUAGAUUUUUAUUUUCAACUAUGUUCAAUUGAAACGAAUGCAGAUGCUUUAGCAGUUAUGGCUGCUACACUUGCGAAUGGUGGAGUUUCACCACUGACAGGCGAACGAGUUGUUUGUAAUUUAGCUGUUCGAGAUACUUUAUCAUUGAUGUAUUCAUGUGGAAUGUAUGAUUACUCUGGACAGUUUGCUUUUACGGUUGGUUUACCAGCAAAAAGCGGCGUAUCCGGUGAUAUGAUUAUCGUGAUUCCAAACGUGAUGGGCAUAAGUUUAUAUUCCCCACCGCUAGAUGCGUUGGGUAAUACGGUACGCGGUGUGAAAUUCGCUGAGCAACUCGUCGAAAAAUUCAAUUUUCAUAAUUACGAUAGUCUCGUCUAUUCUGAAACACACAAAAUGGAUCCAAGAAGACGACUUGGUGAAGCUCGAUACGAAUCAAUCUCUAAUAUGAUGUAUGCAAUAAGAGCUGGCGAUGUACCCGCUUUGCAAAGAUAUAUAUUAUUGGGUGUUAAUAUCAUGGAACGUGAUUAUGACGAUCGAACCGUAUUGCAUGUCGCUGCAUCCGAAGGUAAUGAAAAUAUUCUAAAAUUCCUACUGAAAAAAUGGAAUGAAGUAACAGAACCACAAGAUCGUUACGGUAGAACACCAACGGACGACGCUGUGCAUUUCGGACAUAAGAAAUGUGAAGAGCUUCUCAACAAAUUUUUUAAAUAUGAAUCGUCAUAG